AUGGCUCUCACCGUUUCUAUGCCGACAGCAGGCUGCGAGCAUCUAGACACCGAGACCAUCGAGAAGAUUCGUCACUUCCGGCAAUCGCCGCCGCCCGGCAUGGAUGCCAACUUCGCCCAGUACGCGUGUCUGCAAUGCUCGACGCCAGGCAGCUUCCCAAGUCUAGACGAGCAUUUCGCCGAAAGCAAGCACACGUUCGCGGUCAGCCAGAAGUCGGUGUAUUGCGGGCGCUGCCAUGACCUGGUCUACGACCCAGCCUUGCUGGGCAACGGCAAGAAACGCAAACUGACCGAGAGCAACGACGAAGACGACUCUUAUCUGACUUCCAACACGUCGCAACGACCGUGUGGCCGCAGCGGCGUGCGAGGCCUGUUCAACCUCGGCGAGACAUGCUACAUGAACGCCGUGCUGCAGAUGAUGGUGCACAAUCCGCUGCUGGCCAGCUAUUUUCUCGGCAUGGGCCAUUCCAUGCACACGUGUCCGAUCUCCAAGGAACCGGAGAAGAAGGCUGAGUCGUCGGACGACGAAGACGAAGCUUCCGAAGAUGUCAACGGCAGCCAGAGCCAAAAGAAAGAAAUGCAGGUCUGCGUCGCCUGUGGUAUGACCGAUCUCUUCUCCGACGUCACCAUGGUCGACCAACCCCUUCCUGCACACGCGGUUAAUCUCCUGUUCGCUUCUUGGAAGAACAUUCCUCAAAUGUCCGGCAAAGGCCAACAAGACGCGCAAGAAUGGUUCAUGUACAUCAUCGACCGGCUGCACGAGGCUGUGGCGCAGUACGCGACCCCAGACAAAACCAACAGCGUCAACGCGGCCAACGGCAUCGCGCCGAUCGACAAGCAAUGCGUCUGUUUCUUCCACAAGGUCUUCUACGGCCGCUACCACAGCCAGAUCACAUGCGACACGUGCCACACCGUGUCGGCGCGCGAAGACGAGUUCUCCAGCAUCAGCCUGGACUUCAAGAAACAAGUCAAGCGGAAGCGGAAGGCUGCCAAGGACGCCGCCGCCGCCGCUGCGACCAGCAGUACCGGUGCUGUCACCACCACGACUAACAAAAAGGACGCCGACAAGGACAAGCCGCCGCUCAAAAUCGCCAUCCCCAACCUGCACGAGUGUCUGCGCAGCUAUACCGCCCCGGAGCCGCUGAGCCCGGAACAGUACAGCUGCACGACCUGCAACGCGCGGCGCUCCGCCAGCAAGCAGACGCGCCUGCGCAAGCUGCCGGCCAUCCUGUGCGUGCAUGUCAAGCGCUUCGGCAUGAAACAGCUGGGCACCGGCGUCUGGGUCCCCGAAAAGUACGAGGGCAAGCUGGACUUCCCGCUGCAUCUCGACAUGGGCCCUUACACCACCAAGCCGCCGUCGAGGACGACCACAACUCCGCAGAACGGCACGGCGCGGACCACCGCCGCCGGCACCUCACCCGCCGAACGAAAGCCCGACGCCUACAUGUACGACCUCGACUGCGUGGUCGUGCACCAGGGCGACCACGCCCAGAACGGCCACUACUUCGCCUUCUGCCGGCAGGACAACAAGUGGUUCCGCUUCGACGACGAGAUCGUCUCCGCCACCACCACCGAGGACGUCUUGAGGCAGGAAGCCUACCUUUUGUUCUACUCGUUGAGGAGCCUGGAACAGGUCUAG